AUGUCACAGGAAAAACAAUGGACUGAAGUUUUUCACACAAUAGACAAAGACAAAAAUGGGUUUCUUACUCGUGAAGAAAUUGCACAGUGCUUAAAAGAAGUUGGUGUUUGUCCGAAUGUCGCAGACAAAAUAAUCAAGGAAACUGAUGUGAAUAGUGAUGGAAAAAUUUCUUUAGAGGAGUAUUUAAACGCGCUAAGAAAACUCCCUCCUCGUGAAAAGUGUGUUGCAAGAUGGAAUGAAGUAUUUCAGUCCAUAGACAAGGAUGGUUCGGGAAAAGUUUCUAUCAAAGAAUUGGACGAAUUUCUCAAAUCCUCCGGUAUGGAUAUAGACCAAAAAAGUUUACAUAAUUGGAUGACACAAAAUGACAAAAACAAGGAUGGUGAACUAGACUAUGAUGAGUUCUUAGCCUACGUACGUCAAACAUAUAAGUAA